CUGGUUGUCAGGCAGCUCAGGGGAUUCCCACUCAGGUUCCUUCCUGCCAAAAAGAAAGCGAAACUCCACCCAAGGCGGCCCCAGUGGGAGGGCUUGCGGGGGGCCUGGGGCAGCCCCAGUCAGACCCGGGAGGGCCCGCAUCACGCUUCCACUGCUCGCUGAAGGCUGGGGUCUUGAAGGCAGCAGAGGGCCACUGUCCCGGGCCUCAGCGCCCCCCAGAGAGAGGCAUGGGUCUGGCUGCACAUUAGGGUCCUGCUGCUGCGGACCCAGGAGGGCCCACCAGCUGCCCGCUGGGCCUGUGGACUCCUGCACCCACUCUGCCUGAUAGUCCGAUGGCUCUCAAGGGCCUUUGCGAGAACAGACAGCAGCUGUCACAUGGAGCCCGAGGCAGGAAGACUGACCCCCCCCAUCCCCCGAAGGACCCAGGACACAGGAUGGCCCUCAUGUGCCCAGUUCUGUCCUCAGAGGAGGGACCCCUGCUCGGCAGAACCAGCCCUGCAAGGGCGGACUCCCUCACCCCACACAUCCUGGCCCUAACAGCCCGGCCUUCUCCUCGGCUCAUUUCCCAGACGUGUGAAGGUAACUGGGUGACGGUGGCAGACUGCUUACCUUACAAGACGCGGAGUCGCUACAGUGACGGCGUGGCGCCUCUGGAGGGAGUACGGAUGGCGGAUGGCGUACCAGGCCUCCGAGGGCCGCUCCUUUGUGACACCUGCUGCGGCUCCUUGCCCCACGCUACCCGCCCCUGGACGCUGAGGAAAUGGGAAGCAACCGCAGCCAGGACAGGGUGUGCACGGAGCCCUUCCCCAACCUGCGAAUGCUGGAGGCCCCACCGAACCGCACCCACCCUCGCCCCCAACAUCUUUGCAGCACGUGACCACGACCGCGGAGACACGGAACUUCAGUUCGCGUGCAGGGCAGGAAACAGAAACGAGUCCGAGUGCGGAAAAGCUCCCCCGCAGCGCCUUCCGCGUGUCCGGGAAGGCGCCGCACCGACCCCGCGGCCAACGGCCAUCUUAGCAGCUCAGAGACGAGGAGAGGACGUGGAGACUUCCAAGAAAUGGGCCGCUGGCCAGAACAAGCAGCAUUCGAUCACCAAGAACACGGCCAAGCUGGACCGGGAGACUGAGGAGCUGCACCAUGACCGCGUGACCCUGGAGGUGGGCAAGGUGAUCCAGCAGGGCCGGCAGAGCAAGGGGCUGACUCAGAAGGACUUGGCGACGAAAAUCAAUGAAAAGCCGCAGGUCAUCGCAGACUACGAGAGUGGACGGGCCAUUCCUAAUAACCAGGUUCUGGGCAAAAUUGAGAGAGCUAUUGGUGAGUGUCCUCUGGUUCUUUAUGGGGUCUCCGCUGCUGCUCCCUGACCGGGUGCAGGGCAGCUACCGAGCACAGGAAGGCCCCUGAGGUUGCAGAAUUCUCCAGACCGUUAAGAAACUCCUGAGUGCAUUGUCUGAGUGUCGUCUGCUCCCCCACCCUGGCUCUCACAUUUCCUCUAUCCCUGCUUGGUUGGUGGCCGGCGCCCUCCAAGCCCAUGGACAGAGGGCUCCGUGGCCCUCCUGUUCAGGCACCGUUGUCCUCCCCUGGCGUCAGUGUGGCACCCAGCACGUGGAGCUCCCAGAGCACUGGAGCCCUAGUUCUGGGAGGGGACAGCUGCCCUCUACCCUGGAAGGUUAGCAGGUGCACAGACAGUGGGGUGAGCCCAGCCAGGACUGGGGGGGCAGCCCUCAGCCUCCCUGCUCUCCCUGCCUCUCCUCCCU